AUGUCAAUAGUGCUGAGGCGCUCUCUUUCUCUCUGUCAGACACAAGAUGAGGAACCACAGGACAAGAUACAGCAGCCUGUCAGCAAAGUAAUUGAGCGGAACCGACUUAAAAUGGUGUUAAAAAACUUGUCACUCUUGAAGCUGCUCAAGUGCUCGAACCCUCGGAUCCAAGAACUGCAUAACCUAGCCAAAAGGUGCUGGAAUUCACUGCUCAGAGUUCCGAAGAUGCUCAGGAUCUCCUCUGGAAACGACGGCAUCCAGAAUAAAGUGGAACAGAAUGACGAAGAGCUCCAGGAGGCUAGGUGCCCCUACAAGAAAUUGGAGCCCACAGGGGAGUCACUGAAACCGAAGGCAGGAUUAGGGGAGAAGCACACGGCACAGGAAGCAGUGUCACAGAAAGAGGAGCAGAUAGAGCCUGAGGUCCCAAUGACAUCGAGGGGCUGUGGCCUGACCACUGGCCCUGGAGCCCGGGGGAGGCAACCACCCACUGGGAACCGAGUCAUCUUCCUGAAGAUCCACCAGUACAGAGGUCCCAUGAGGGACAAGAAGCAGCUGGAAGCAGCUGACCAGUGCAUCUGGUUUGAGGGGCUGCCCACACGAGUCCACCUCCCAGGGCCCCGGGUGAUGUGCAGAUCAUCCGCCCUGCGCUGGGUCAAGCGCUGCUGCACCCGCUUCUGCUCAGCAUCACUUGAGCUGCCCAUGGUCCAUCCAUACAAGGUGUGA